AGGUUUCCUCGGUCUCCCUGCCUCGGACGUUUUUCAUAACGUAGUAAGCUCUCGUUGCGAACGGACGUAGCCCAACCAACCUGGCCUUAACCCUUGCGCUCCCUCCGAUUUAUUCCGCGAAUAACACAUUCCAGUGGACGGACAGUGGUGCAAUUCAGCCCAAGACCAACCUACAUUUUAGCUCCCUGCAAACCCGUUUCUUCACCGAAUCACUAUGGCGUCCAACCGUGCAGCGAAGUCUGGUUUUGCCGCCGAGGCCCAGCGCAAAAUUAACUCCAAGUACAGCGAGGAGCUGGCCCAGGAGAGCCUCGAGUGGAUCAAGGCUGUCACCGAGGAGCCCAUCAACACAUCCGGCGACACCGACAACUUCUUCGAGGUGCUCAAGGAUGGCGUUAUCUUGUGCAAACUGGCCAACGCCCUGCAGCCCGGCUCCAUCAAGAAGAUCAACGAGAGCAAAAUGGCCUUCAAGUGCAUGGAGAACAUCUCGGCCUUCCUUGCGUGCGCCAAGAACUUCGGUGUCCCCACCCAGGAGACCUUCCAGAGCGUUGAUCUGUGGGAGCGCCAGAAUCUGAACUCGGUGGUUAUCUGCCUGCAGUCGCUGGGUCGCAAGGCCUCCAACUUCAACAAGCCAUCGAUUGGCCCCAAGGAGGCCGACAAGAACGUGAGGAACUUCAGCGACGAGCAGCUGCGCGCCGGCGCCAACGUCAUCUCCCUGCAGUACGGAUCGAACAAGGGUGCCACCCAGUCCGGCAUCAACUUCGGCAACACCCGGCACAUGUAGAUCGGUGUCCUGCAGCCAGGAUCCUCCGCCCACACUUCGCUCUCAGACAUUCCGCAUUCCGCAAUGGAAGACCAAACCAAAAUGCCAACAUCUGACGCAGCCGCUUUUGGGUUCCACACACUUUUCACGUUUUGAGCUAGAUUUGGGAAGAGCCCCUGAAUGAUAUGAUAUGGAUAUGGAUAUAUAUUUAUGAUACCAAUUUGUAUUUGUAUUCCAAUUGACCAGGCGUAUGCUGUUAUGUAAUAACAUAAACUACUUUAAUUUAA